AUGUUCCUGCGGUUAAGCUGCAGUUUUUUUUUUGUUGUUAAAGGUGAAAAGUUUAGCUUCCAUUGUGAAUGUAAGUGCGCGUGGGAAACAGACUGUCCCAAAUGCCGCAUCAACGGUAAUCGUGAGAAUUCUCCCACAUGUGCUUUGAAAUGCUAUUUUUUUUUUAAAAGCAAAUAUGCAAAAGUUACACUUUUCAGCCGGUGGGGUGUUAAUAUAUUUGGACAAAUACUCACAUAUAUAUAUACGCAUAUUCGCGGGGAUAUUGAUGUGUGCAUGAAGGGGAGAAAGGAUUAUUUUCUGCAUUGUUACCAUGAAAUACAGGCAAUUUUAGUGCAGAAGCCCGCACUUUUUCCUCUUAAAAAGUAG